GUCUCGGCUGCUUCUGCAAAGGACACAAUGGGCUUUUCCCAGUGAGGAACCGUCGGUGUGUGCGGUGUGUGUGUGUGUGUGAGAUGAAGACAGAUGUUGUGCUGGAGGACACAGAUGUGGAGCAAACCGCUGGACCUGUGCUCCGGAUAACAGCGGCCGUCCCCGCAGGACCAUGGGAGUGAGGCAGCUGCUGCUCGGGCUGAUGUGGUUCCGCUCCGCUCUGCCCUGUGCAGCAGGCUGCAGUGAGCAGGCGGAGGUCCACACGGAGCGGAGGGGUGUGAUCUACAGCCCCUCGUGGCCUUUAAACUACCCCGCUGGAGUCAACUGCAGCUGGCAUAUCCAGGGAGGUCAGGGAGAGGUCAUUACCAUCAGUUUCCGUAACUUUGACUUGGCGGAGUCUGGAAAUUGCUCUGGAGACUGGCUCAUGGUGACUCCCAUGUGGCAUGGGGAAUCCAGGCUGUGCGGCUCCAUGCUACCUCCACCCGUCAUUUCCACCAGGGGGCGUGUGUGGCUCUACUUCCACUCUCAGGCCAACAGCUCUGGGCAAGCUCAGGGCUUCCGUCUCUCUUACAUCCGAGGUCACCUGGGUCAGAGCAGCUGUCAGCCAGAUGAAUUCCUCUGUGGGAACGGGAAGUGUCUUCCUCACUCCUGGAAGUGCAACGGUCAGGAUGAAUGCGGCGAUGCCACCGAUGAACGCAGCUGCUCCCCUCCCCCCACUGAAGCCCAGCCUGGCCUCUGCCCCUUUGGCUCCCUACCGUGCACCGAGGUCCAGUCCACCCGGUGUCUGCCUGCCGCCCUGCGCUGCAACGGAGCCCGGGACUGCCCUGACGGAACUGAUGAGCUUGGUUGCCCCGACACCACCUGUGGGAAACGUCUGGGGAACUUCUAUGGCUCCUUUGCCUCCCCUGAUUUUUUCCGGCCUAAUCACAGCGCCGUGACAGAGCUGAGAUGCUCCUGGCUGCUGGACACCCAGGACCCCAAACCCAUCGUGCUGCAGCUGGACCUGCAGCUCGGGCCCAGAGAUUCACUGCACGUUUACGACGGCCUGCUGCAGCAGGCGGAGCGUCUCUUACAGGUGUUGUCGUAUCAUAACAACAGGCGCCUGGCUCUGCUGGAGUCGAGCCGGGGUCAGAUGAGUGUACUGUACAUGGCCCAGCCUCACAGCCCUGGACACGGCUUCAACGCCACAUACCAGGUCAAAGGUUACUGUUUUCCUGGCGAGCAUCCCUGUGGCAGCGAUCAGGGCUGCUACUCUGAACGCCAGCGCUGCGAUGGCUACUGGCACUGCCCGUCCGGCCGCGACGAGGAGGCCUGCCCAACGUGCCCAGAUGGGGAGUUUCCCUGUGAGGGCGGCACUGGAGUGUGCUACCCGGCCUCGGAGCGCUGCAACAACCAGAAGAGGUGUCCCGAUGGGUCGGAUGAGAAGAACUGCUACGACUGCCAACCCGGAAACUUCCACUGUGGGACUAACCUGUGUAUCUUUGAGACAUGGCGGUGUGACGGCCAGGAGGACUGCUUAGACGGGAGCGACGAGAGGGACUGCCUGGCUGCAGUACCCAGGAAAGUCAUCACUGCCGCUCUGAUCGGUAGUCUGGUGUGUAGCCUGCUGCUGGUCAUUGCCCUCGGCUGUGCCCUCAAACUCCACUCACUCAGGAACAGAGAGUACAGAGCUUUUGAGACUCAGAUGACUCGCAUGGAGGCAGAGUUUGUUCAGAGAGAGGCCCCUCCCUCUUAUGGUCAGCUGAUUGCCCAGGGUCUCAUCCCUCCUGUGGAGGAUUUCCCAGUAUAUAACCCCACCCAGGCCUCCAUCUUACAGAACCUGCGUUUGGCGAUGCGCAGACAGAUCAGACGUCAUUCAGGACGGCGCUCCACUUCCUCCUCCUCCUCCUCCUCCUCCUCCUCUCGAAGACGAUUCGGGCAUAUGUGGAGUCGUCUGUUUCACAGUGGAGGGAGAUCCCGAGGCCAAGCCCUACUGCUAGAUCCCCCUGGACCCACACAGAUCAUACUGGGGCUCCACAGCUACAGAACUGUGGUGGAGCAGGGGCCUCAGGCCAGGGACCAGCUCGGGGAUGAGGUUGAUGUGGUGGGUAUGUCAGGCUCCACCUACUCAGCCACCAUGGACCUGCAGCCCUUCUCACCAGAGAGCCCUGCCUCACCUCUCUCCUCGCAGUCAGCGGACAGUCCAGAGGACGAGGAGCCAUCACCUGUCUGUGGGGAAGGAGACAUGACUCCACAUUGUGAGCCUCAGAGUGACUCUUCAGCCGCCAGCAGACAUCAUCCCUCCCCACAGGAAGCCUCUGUGCCCCUCUGCCGUCCCAGGGCUUCUAGGAAACUUGUUCUGGAGCUCGCAGUUAACCUUAAAGGAGUUUCCUUGAGACGUUACUCCCCUCUAGGCCCUUUGUCCCCCAUCUCCCCCUCUGUGUUUCCCAGCAGCUCCCAGACACCAACAUCCCAAUCCCACCCACUGGGUCCAGGUGUGACUUCACCCACUGGGCCAUUGUCCUCUUAUGUGAAAGCAGAGGACAGUGACAGCCACUUUACAGUGGAAGUAUCUAUCGGGGACAGACGAAGCAGGGAUGAGAGGAGGGAGAGCAAGAGCAGUGUCUGCAGGUUCAGCAGGACCCUUAGUGAUGAGGAAGGAGACUCAGGGAGGAAGACAACGCCAUCUUGAAAAGUUUAGUUAACUCUCCACCUGGUGUUGAUAAUAUCUGUUCUGCUAAAGUGUCCUUGAAAUGUGUCCCCGCCAGAUCCAGAGAUCAGACUCAUACCUUAGCCCGACACAUGGAGGAGGUAUAGCAUCACACCCAAUGUAAAUUAACCAACUCAUGUCCAUUAUACACUUAAAAUGCUUGAAAUUUGACAGAGCAAAAGGAAACUACCCACAUGCAGUGCUGAUAGUGCUAUUGGUCUGUGCUGUAGAUCUCAUUGGGCAGGCAACUGCAUUCAGACUUCACUGUUGAACCUAACUUACUGUUAUAGUAAAUUACACUCAGUUCUGGACACCAGUACCAAUACAAUAUUGGCUACAUGUUCGCCAAAGCAGCCUUUUCGUCGUUACCCAGAGCCAUUAUACACCGCUAUAUACUGUGAACCAUAAAAAACAAUUGAGCGAUUGCCUCUACCCUGUCUUAUCCCCAAUUUAUUGUGUGAGGUGGUGUUAUAAUUAUCAUUAUAUGACAUUUCACAUUGAAGGAUGAAGCUGGCAUUAUUUUAUAUUUUUGAUAUUGUCAACUAAUUGUGUGAAAAUGCCCAAACCAACGAUGAUUUUGUCCAUCUGUCAAUACUUUUCCAAUUCACCUCCCUGUGAAUGUACUUUACUGUGUCCAUCUUUUUAUUGAGGCUGAAUAACUUUCUAAAAUACCAUGGCGGUAAAGUUUUGGUGUUACAUAACCCAAACAGGAGUAAAUAGUGUCUGUUGGGGACUAUUUUCAGCUGUGCAUUUAUGCACAUUUGGUGAACUAGUGUGUAUUUGCUGCAGCAGGGUGGUGAAUUUAGCACUGAGACAAAAUUAACUACAGUGUGCACAUUUAUGGUGAUGAGAGCAGAUGCCAGAGAUGUGUUUUUUUAAUGAAUUUGUCCCAAAACUAUUUGGGAUAAUGGAGUUCUGUGGCCCAGACUAAUUAGCCACAACACAAACAGUACUUUGUUGGUUUUGGUGUUUACAUUGGGGUUUGUUGACAAGAAGAAAAAUAUAGAAAAUCACCAGACUAGUCACCUAAAUGCAACCACUCAAAAGCAAAUGUUUGACAUUUUGGAAAAUAUUCAUUUGAGGAGAUGACACAAUUGAUACAGCGUAUUUUAAUAUAUGGCUUCAUAUAAUUGUUUAGCUCAGGUUAGCUUAGCACAAAAACUGGAUAAAGGGUCAAAAACCCGGGCAAGUUAAGACCUGUCCACAGAACCACGGAGGCACGACACAGCUGCUGCACAAAGAGCUUUUCAACUGUUUAUUCAGAGUUCAGUGAUGAUGAACUUUAGACUCAGUAGUCGCGAACGUGCUGUUUUUCGUGGUCGACAAUGUCACUUGAGCUCUAGUUGAUAAUUCAAUUUCUAUUAAUAUUCAACAUAUCGCUUGUCCAGAUUACACCAAAUCCGACACUGCACUUUGUUGGGCCCUUAACAAUACACAUGCCAUGAGUGGUGCUGAUAAUAUGAAUGGUUCUUUAGAUAUGUGAGCCAAAUACAGACAGACAGACAGACAGACAGACAGACAGACAGAGAUUUAUGGGAUAGUAGAGAUAUGAAAUAAGCAUGAGACAAGAAUUAAUAAUCAUAGUUUCAAAGAAUUUCAAACUAUUCAACAAGCAGUUUAACCAUGCCAAACCUUUGUCAGUAUUUGUUCAACAUGUAUGUUUUCAUUGCUUGUCUUCUUCACUUAACUUUCAACAAACCUCUAUUUGUUAAGUUUUUUGGAAGUGGUGUUUGGAUUUCCAAUCUUUAUACACCAUCUUUAAAACAGCCAAACCUGGAUGUAAACUGGAUUGUGAGUCCAGUUACAGUGGAGUCUGUUCCUCUGCUCAGCUCCUCCUCUUUGAAUCAAACCCAACCUCUCUCCUCUCCAGCCUUUCAUCACUCGAGGGAAUCUGCCUGUGAGCUCUGAUUUACGAGUUUACGUGGAUAUCCAGGAAAUUUUAGGAACAGAGUAACCAUGUCAGAAUAAUGACUGGUAGAGUCCUUUCCUUCCCAGCGGUCCGUCUGCAGCACGGCUGACUGCACACUGGAACGCUGCACAUGUCUUGAAUGCUGGUUUAUUUCAGUGGAAAUCUUAUCAAUGCUGUGGAAUUUUCACAAGACAUAAAAACAAAGACCUCUAUUUUUUCAGCCUCCAGUGGAGACCUAUACUAGUCUUUAUACAACUCUUUCUGCCUUGAUGAACUUGAACUUGAACUAGAUUAAACCUGUGAGGCUUUUUGUGAAGCCGCUCCAUCCACUGCUAACCUUUUUUGUUAAUCACUGUUGGACUUAACAGAAUGUCCUGUUUCGUUUUUGUUGAAAUCAGUGAGUUUCUCCUUCUUUUACUGCAGGACAUUAAUACUGAAGAGAGAACUGGCUGAUGUUUAGCUGCAGUGUCAGGUUUCGGUACUAAAUACACUUGUCUAUCCUGCUGUUUUUCAUUCAAGUGAGCUGAACGUACCAUUUAUAGAAAAUUUAUCGUGAACGGCUGCUACAUAUUAUGUGCCAUUAGAGAUGUCUUCAUACCCCAUAUUCCCAUAACUUCUGCCUAAGGACUUGCUCUGAUUCCGUUCCCUUUCUUUGAGCUACUUUAUGGAGAAAUCCCAAUCUCUUUACUCAUUCCUAGUUUCAUGCAUUCUGUGCUUAAUUUAAUUCUGCAUUGCCUUAUUGUUUAAAUUCAAAGCCUGCAAGUACAUAUUUGACUUAAAUUGAAAUAGUUAGCUGCUGUCCGCCCUUGCUUUGUAAUGUAAAGACAUGUUCCAAAUGCCUUAAUGGUUUCCCCUUGCCAUUUUAAUGAUCAUUUCACGGAUCACAGCUGUGGUUUACAUGUUUGAAGAGAUUAGAUUUGACUGUGUGUGACAUGACAUUGAUGAUCUACAGGGCACUAUACUGCAUCAGGAAUCUUGACUCUGGGAUUAUUAUGAGAGGAGACUUAGUGAAACGAAAAUGUUUCCUCCAGUGACCUUAACUCAGUGUAUUUACAUGAUUAUUUAAGUGAUAAUUUGCAAGACUCUCGAUGAUUUUGAUAGGAGUGUUUAAUAAUUAGUAAUGUGGAUUGCGACAUUUUUCUGUUUUAAUUAGUUUUAUGUGAUAAGUGCAAUUGUGGCUAAGUUGAUGUUUUAUCUGUCAGGUAUGAAUAUGCAGGUAAAUACACUGGAUCAAGGCCAUCGGUGGAUGUGAUGGUCUGAUAGUGACAUCCCUUUUCCUUGCUGUAUGGUUUUGAAGCUUCUUACGCGUCAAACGCCGAAGUCAACAAAUACCGUGUUUGUAUAGAAGCAUUUUUCUCAUUUUUAAAUCUAUAUUUGUAUAUUUUCUGCUGAAAGAGAAAAUACCACCAUGACAUUGUGAGAUUUGCUGAUCAAAUCCCUGUAAUGAUACAUGAGAGCUUUCUUGUUGAUUUAUCAUUGUUUUCCUGUGCCUGCAAUUAAUAAAGUUCAUGCUGGUCA